AUGGGAGACAAUCCUUAUCUCUCCAAGAUAGAGGGCCCUUCGGGCGCUAUAAAUCCACCGCGGUCUGCCUCGCCUUCGAUUAAGUUCUGCUCCAAGACCAUUGAAGACACGGUUGCGGACCUCAAAACAGACUUGAAAAUCGGGUUGUCCAAUAACCAGGACAUAUUGAAUAGGAGAUCCAUCCACGGGAUCAACGAGCUUUCUAGCGAGGAAGAGGAAAACUUGUUCAUGAAGUUUAUCUCCAACUUCUACGAAGAUCCGUUGAUUUUGUUGUUGAUUGGAAGUGCUGUCAUUUCAUUCUGGAUGGGCAAUGUCGAAGACGCGAUUAGUAUCACAUUGGCAAUUUUCAUUGUCGUCAGUGUAGGGUUCGUGCAAGAGUACAGGUCCGAGAAGAGCUUGGAAGCAUUGAACAAGUUGGUACCCGCUGAGGCCAACUUGACCAGAUCUUCUUCAACCUCCACCGUUUUGGCGUCUCAGUUGGUCCCUGGUGAUUUGGUGCACUUUUCACAAGGUGAUAGAAUCCCAGCCGACAUCAGAUUGACUGAAGCAGUGCACUUAAGUAUAGAUGAGAGUAACUUAACUGGAGAGAACUCCCCAGUUGACAAACUGACCCUGCAAGUUACCCUGGGUGCUGACAGUGUCACCUCUAGAACCAGCAUUGCCUUUAUGGGUACUUUGGUUAGAGAUGGACACGGGUCAGGUAUAGUUAUCGGUACUGGUAAGAAAACUGAAUUCGGUAAUGUAUUUGAAAUGAUGAGCGAAAUUGAGAAGCCGAAGACUCCACUCCAACAGGCUAUGGAUAAAUUGGGUAAGGACUUGUCAGUCUUUAGUUUUGUUGUAAUCGGUGUAAUUUGUUUGAUCGGGAUCAUACAAGGCAGAUCAUGGUUGGAAAUGUUCCAAAUCAGUGUUUCUUUGGCCGUUGCUGCCAUCCCAGAAGGGUUGCCGAUCAUUGUUACUGUCACUUUGGCUCUAGGCGUCUUAAGAAUGGCAAGAAGAAAGGCUAUUGUCAGAAGAUUACCAAGUGUCGAAACCUUGGGUAGUGUCAAUGUUAUAUGUUCAGAUAAAACCGGUACCUUAACUCAAAACCAUAUGACUGUAACGAAGAUUUGGUCCAGUGAUUUUGAAGGAACGCAUGGUACUCCUUAUUUGGUUGUUGAUAAGUUAACUGACUCCAACUUACAUUCCAGCUUAACUGCAAAUAUCAAGAAAAUAUUGGAAGUUGCUAACGUUUGUAAUAACGCAAGAUAUUCGAAUGAAAAUGAAAAAUACGUUGGAAAUCCGAGUGAUAUUGCUUUAGUGGAAGUUUUACCUCAUUUCGGGUUAGACGAUUGUAGAGGUACCAAGCAAAGAACAAGUGAAUUACCAUUUUCCUCAAAAACCAAGUAUAUGGCAGUUUCAGUCCAUAGUGGAGAUUUAAACAAGCUGGAAACUAUGUGCAAAGGUGCAGUGGAGAAAAUUUUAGCCUUAUCUAAAUUUUAUUUGGAUAAAAAUUCUGAGUCUAAACCACUUACUGAAGAAAUAAGAAAGUCUAUAUUAGAUCACACCAACGUCUUGGCAGGAGAAGGUUUAAGAGUGUUGGGAUUUGGUAAAAACAAUAGCAAGUUCCAAUCAGAAAAGAAUUCAGGAUUGGAACCAAGCGACUUGACAUUUUGUGGACUUGUAGGUAUGAAUGAUCCUCCUAGAGCUAAUGUCGGCAGUUCUAUCGCAUUACUUAUGAAGGGAGGUGUUCAUGUUAUUAUGAUAACAGGAGAUUCACCAACGACUGCAUUGAAUAUUGGUAAGCAAAUUGGUAUGCCUAUCAAUUCCAUUGAUUCCGUCAUGACGGGGGACCAAUUAGAAUCACUUAGUGAAGAAGCCUUGAGUCAAGCAAUCCAUAACGUCUCUAUUUUCGCUAGAACUACUCCUGAGCAUAAGGUUACUAUAGUUAAGGCUUUCCAAAGAAGGGGUGAUAUUGUCGCAAUGACUGGAGAUGGUGUCAACGAUGCACCAGCUUUGAAGCUUGCCGACAUUGGUAUUGCUAUGGGAAAGAAUGGUACUGACGUUGCUAAGGAGGCUGCCGAUAUGGUUUUGACAGACGAUGAUUUUUCUACAAUUUUGUCAGCUAUUGAAGAAGGUAAGGGUAUUUUUUCUAACAUUAGAAACUUCAUUACGUUUCAAUUAUCUACAUCAAUUGCAGCUUUAACAUUGAUUGCAUUAUCAACAUUUUUUGGAUUACCGAACCCAUUGAAUGCUAUGCAGAUUUUGUGGAUCAACAUUCUUAUGGAUGGUCCACCUGCGCAAUCAUUGGGUGUUGAGCCUGUUGACCAUGAAGUUAUGAAUAAGCCACCAAGAAAGCGUAAUGAAAAAAUCUUGACUGAAGUAGUCAUUAAGAGAGUCUUACAAUCUGCAGCUAUGAUCAUUGUUGGUACAAUGUAUGUAUAUAUUAGAGAGAUGACUGACAAUGAAAUUACCAAGAGAGACACUACCAUGACUUUCACUUGUUUUGUUUUAUUUGAUAUGUUUAACGCGUUAUCAUGUCGUCACCAAUCUAAGUCAAUCUUUGAAGUUGGAAUGGGAAAUCAAAUGUUCAAUUUUGCUGUGUUGGGAUCACUUUUAGGACAAUUUUGUGCCAUAUAUGUCCCAUUUUUCCAAUCCAUUUUCCAAACUGAAGCCUUAUAUUUAAGUGAUGUAUUACGUCUUUUGGUUAUCACCAGUAGUGUGUUUAUUGUUGAUGAAGUCAGAAAAUACUACUUUAGAAAGAGACAGGUACCGGUGUCGUAUAACUACGUCUAA